GCUUGUCGCAUGACCAUUCUGUCCUUCCGGUUUAACUCCCGAUCGCCAUCGCUCCAACUAACGUUCGACCAUGAAACGAACUUUCGUUCGUGCUACGUUUACGGCUUCCUCCUCGUUGCGUGCCUUACAGAUUCGCGUCUCGCAAUUAUAAUUCUGCAACUUUGUCCUGUCUUUCUUUUCUUCUUUUUCUCUUCUUUUCUUUUCCUUUCCUUUCUUUCUUUCUUUUCUUUUUCCCUUUUCUCCUUUCUCAACUCUUACGACUCGGGAUUUAAAAUCGCGAGACAAUUAUUUUCUUUUCUUUUCUUUUUUUUUUCCUUUUGCAAAAUAUAAUUUCACUUAUGAACGCGCGUAAUUCGUAAACGACGAUCGUUCGUUUUAACGAUGUUUAACAAUGUUCAGAGGUAUUCAACGUUGCCACUCCGCGAAGAUUUAUUUCCACCAUUAUGUCUCUUGUUAUUAUUAUCGUUAUUUAUCGCAUACUAUUAUUUUUGUUAGAUAUGAAUAGGGAAAGGAAAAUAAUAUUGGCAGAGGUACAAAAAUGUAAGCUCGCGGAAAAAUCAAAGUUCCUCGAAGAAGAGGAGGUCAAUCGUAGAAACGUCCUGUCUUUUAAUAGCGAUGAAGGAAUUUUUAGCGAAUGGGGAGUGGUGGCACGUGGGAAACGAGGCACUUGGUGUAAAAACGGUGUCGCGAUGUCGUGUAGCACGGCAAACUGGGAAACUGGGAGGGAGGAGCCGAUCCCUCGAAAACACUAGUCGAUUGCAAUUCGAUGGAAAUUGUGUCGCAGUGCUUAAGCGACAAGCACCGGUGACGGCGACGCUUCGCGUCUAAAUAUAACGGGGCGUCGUAACGCGCACUCGAAGAUUUUCGUGUGUUUUUCGAGCGAUUACGGCCGCCUGGAUGUGGCACGUUGACACGAUGGCAUCGCGACCUAAACGAUAGAAUUAAAUUCGAUCCAAAUAAUCUUUUCAACGCGUUUAAUCGAUUCGAUUUCGAACCAUUUUCAAAAGAAUUUCUAGCGUUGAAACGUUAUACUCGAGUAUUUUCGAAUUAAUUGUUCGAUCAAACGUAUUAAUCGUAUUUGGAAAUGAUUGGAUAUUUAUAGAAGAUGGAAAUAUUCCUCGAGUCACUUUCAGACAUUUUCACUCACUAUUUUUCUCUCUCUUCCUCUGUCCAACACUUAAUAAAUUUGAUCUAAUCUGUCAAUAUUCGAGCAUGUUCGCGAUAUACUCGAUCCCAUCACUAGUCGACGCGUUGACGGAUUAUUGAUAAUGACUAUAAGAUGCUGGUCAAAUAUCUUCCACUGAUCUUCCUCCCCUGCGUUCUGGGAUUCCCCAAGAAAGUCCACAUAGGAGGUUUAUUCGACGAUGAGGCAGGAAUUCGGCGCACUUUCGAAACUUCCAUAAAGGCGGUGAACAAAGAGCGACACGUGAGGAAGGAAUUUUCGAACGUGUUCCUGAUGGCGGAAUCGAACGAGGUCGGGACGGAUCCGUUCGAGGUGUCGCAGAAAGUAUGCGAAUUGAUGGGCACGGGGGUGGCCGCCAUUUUCGGUCCGUUAAAUAGGUUCACCUCGGAACAUGUGCAGAGUAUAUGCGACACGAAGGAAAUACCGCAUAUUUAUGGUAGAUGGGAACCCUCUCAACCUCGUGGCAAAGGGAUAAAUUUAUUCCCACACGCCGACACACUCGCCAUGAUAUUCGAUCAGAUCAUAAUCGAUUUCGAGUGGAAAAUAUUCGCGAUACUGUACGAGGGAACGGACAGCUUGAUCCGUAGCCAUCGAUUGUUGGAGAUAAAGGAUCCAAAGAGGCACGGGAUAUUCUUGUACCAUUUGGGGCCUGGGCCGAAUUACAGGAAAGUGAUGAAGGAGAUAAAAGACGCCGAGUUCGAGAACAUAAUCAUCGAUUGUUCCAUUGACAUAUUGGAAGAAGUGUUGAGACAGGCGCAGCAAGUGGGCAUCAUGUCCGAGAAGAACAAAAUUAUAGUUACCUCUCUGGAUCUCCAAACGAUCGAUCUAGAACCGUACCAAUAUUCAGGGGUGAAUUUCACGGGGGUGCGUUUAAUCGAUCCCGACAGCCCCGUCGUGUCAGGCAUCGUGAAGAUGCACGAGGCGGAAUGGGGCCUGGACAAUCCCCGCCAAUUGAGGAUCGAACCCGCGCUUAUGUACGACGCCGUGCAACUUUUCGCCAGAGCUUUCAAACAGUUGAAGGACAGCAUCGAGGGCGACGUGAAGAGAUUGCCGUGUAACGACACCAUUAACUGGGAGCACGGUUACAGUUUGAGUAAUUUUAUGAGGGUGACUGAAAUGGAAGGUUUGACCGGUCUGAUCAAAUUCGACACGUCUGGUUUUCGCACCAAUUUCCAAUUGGAUGUCGUAAGGGUGACGGAGAAAGGACUGAAGAAGAUCGGGAUAUGGAAGAGCACGAAUGCUUCUAAAUGGAGCGUGGAAUGGCUAUUGGAAUCUCAACCCCCGAAAUUUGACGCCGAGUUGAGCUUGCAGAAUAAGACUUUUAUCAUUCUAAUCGCGAUCAGUCAUCCCUACGGAAUGUUGAAGAAAUCGGCCGACACGAUGACCGGAAACGAUCGGUACGAGGGGUUCGGGAUCGAUGUUAUCCAGGAGCUGAGCAAAAUGUUGGGUUUCAAUUACACGUUCGAGGUGCAGGCGGACAACGUUUACGGAUCGUAUUCCAAGAAGACGAAAAAAUGGACGGGGAUGCUCGGGAAAAUAAUAGCCGGUGAAGCCGAUCUCGCCAUUACGGAUUUAACCAUAACGUCCGAGAGAGAAGGGGCUGUGGAUUUCACGAUGCCUUUUAUGAAUUUAGGGAUAAGCAUUUUAUACAGAAAACCGACAAAGACACCGCCGAGUUUGUUCUCCUUCCUUUCUCCAUUUUCGGCCGGAGUUUGGUGGUAUUUGAUCGGAGCUUACAUAUUUGUAUCCGUGGUGCUGUUCAUAAUCGGCAGGAUAUGCCCGGCCGAGUGGAACAAUCCGUAUCCUUGCAUCGAGGAGCCCGAAGUGCUCGAAAAUCAAUUCACGUUUAAGAAUUCUCUUUGGUUCACCAUUGGCAGUAUUAUGCAGCAAGGUUCCGAGAUUGCGCCCAUAGGAUUGUCGACGAGAAUGAUGGCCGCUUCCUGGUGGUUCUUCUGCCUCAUCAUGGUCUCAUCCUACACUGCCAACUUGGCCGCUUUCUUGACAGUGGAAACGGUGGUGUCGCCGUUUUCCAACGUGGAAGAAUUAGCCAAAAAGCGGACUAUUAAAUACGGGGCCAAAGUGGGAGGAUCUACGUUCAUGUUCUUCAAAAAUUAUGCCCAUUCCAAGGAUUCCAACUACUCGACGUACAAGGAGAUGUACGAAUACAUGAUCGAGAACGCUGCGGACGUGCUUCCUCCCGACAAUGACGCCGGAUUGACAAAGGUGCUCAGAGAGGAUUACGCGUUUUUGAUGGAGUCGAGCUCGAUCGAAUACAUCGUCGAACGAUACUGCAACGUGACGCAGAUCGGUGGACUUCUCGACGCCAAGGGUUACGGGAUUGCUAUGAAGAAGCACUCGCCGUAUCGCCAUUCGUUGAACACUGCCGUGUUGAAGCUACAGCAAAGCGGUCUGAUCACGGAACUGAAGAAGAAAUGGUGGACACAGAAACGCGGGGGUGGAACAUGUCGAGAAGACGGCGGUCAGAGCCAAGCGGAGGAACUGGAUCUCGAUAAUGUGGGUGGUGUGUUCCUGGUAUUGACCGUAGGCGUUGCCGCCUCCUUCUUUUACACUAUAUGCGAAUUACUGUGGGACGUUGGAUGCACGUCUCUGCGCGAAAACGUUUCGUUCAAGGAGGAAUUGAUGGCCGAGGUGAAGUUCAUCAUAAAAUGUGACAAUUCGCCUAAACCUGUGAGAAGGAGGAAAGGGUCGUCGAAUCGAAGCGGGGAGGACAGUACAAGGGGUUGCACACCGCCGUACGGAUUUAUACCAGUAAUUAGAACCUCCAGUUCCGACGACAAAUAAAUUGAAAACGAUGUACUUGUCGAAGAAAAAUCAAGUUAUUAAAAAA